AUUUUAGCUCAGUUUUAAUUGUCGUCGUCACUUUGAUUGAUCUUUGCAGGAAUCGGAAAUGGCAGAAUCGAAGGUUGUAGUUCCGGAGUCAGUCCUGAAGAAGAGGAAGAGAGAGGAGGAGUGGGCUCUCGCGAAGAAGCAGAGCGCCGAAGCUGCCAAGAAGACGAACGCCGCCAACAGGAAGCUUAUCUACAAAAGGGCCGAGCAGUACGCCAAGGAGUAUGCGGAGAAGGAGAAGGAGCUGAUCUCGUUGAAACGCGAGGCUAAGUUGAAGGGAGGUUUCUAUGUUGACCCUGAAGCUAAGCUCUUGUUCAUCAUCCGUAUUCGUGGUAUCAAUGCCAUUGACCCAAAGACUAAGAAGAUUCUUCAGCUCUUGCGUUUGAGACAGGUCUGUCUACAUUUUUUUUGUGUAAUUAGACCUCGUUUUUGUCAUUAGGUUUGGUAAGCUUUA